AUGGCUUCCCCAGAGGCGCAUUGGGCUCCCGGCCUCCACUGGAGGCUCCUCCACCUCCGGUAUUUCCCAUGGAGUAGACAAUCUGACGGCGUUAACAAUGCCUACAAUUUCCAGUUAGACGAAUAUGGCCCCGUUAUCAUUGACCCUCGCCAGGCCAUCCCCACAGACGUCAAGAAUUUCGCUUUUGAGAUGGCCACGUCUGAGUUCACUUGGGUUCAGCUUCUCGCACCUAUAUGUGGCGAGUAG